ACGAACUUUCAUAAUGGCGGUCUAGGUGGUUACUACAGCAUGCUUGAAUUAUUUUAAAAUUAGCCACUGUGAGUUUGUGAAAAUAACGUCGAUGAUCACAAGGAAUGCGGGGAUGAUCGACGGUUCUUAAAAUGCAGAAUGAAGACCGCUUAUCAAACGAUGAGUCCAACACCGAAUUGAAUGAUGUCGAGGUUCUAAAAUUAAGAGGGAGACCCUCAUCGCCUAUGAUGGAAAAGACACAAAUUAUUACGCCUCAAAAUUUCAUCCCAGACAGUGACGAAGACGAUGUAUCUGAGGUUGAAUCCUUUAUAUUAGACCAAGAGUUUGAGGAUGAGGAACCCAUUUUAGAUGCCUCUAAAUUUCUACUAACAUCAGAAAGUAUGGAAGCAGCAGAUUUAAGAAAUGUAGAUCCAGAAACCCAAGCAAGACUGGAGGCACUGCUUGAAGCUGCAGGACUAGGAAAGCUGUCCACUGCUGAUGGAAAGGCCUUCGCCGAUCCUGAAGUGCUUAGGCGCCUGACAUCUUCAGUUAGCUGUGCACUGGAUGAAGCAGCAGCAGCACUGACCAGGAUGAGGGCAGAGCAGCAGGGACAGUUGGCACAAGGAGACGGUGGUAGAUCACUUGCUGAAGCUUGCAGUGAUGGGGACAUUGGAACAGUACGGAAACUCUUAGAUGAAGGCAGGAGUGUACAUGAAACAACAGAGGAAGGGGAGAGCUUGUUGUCUUUGGCAUGUUCUGCUGGAUACUAUGAGUUGGCACAGGUUCUCCUUGCCAUGAAGGCUAAUGUUGAAGACAGGGGCAUCAAGGGGGACUGCACACCACUGAUGGAGGCUGCCAGUGGGGGUUAUGUGGAUAUUGUGAAACUUUUGAUAGGGCAUGGUGGUGAUGUGAAUGCACAAUCUUCAUCAGGAAACACUGCUCUUCAUUAUGCUUCCUGUGGAGGCUACGAAGAUGUUGUCAAAGUGCUUAUUGAGGCCAAUGCCAAUGUGGAGGUACACAAUGAGAAUGGUCACACCCCACUCAUGGAGGCAGCCAGUGCAGGACAUGUAGGCGUGGCACGCCUGUUACUGGAGGCUGGAGCUGGGAUAAACACACAUUCUAAUGAGUUCAAAGAAAGUGCUCUUACUUUGGCUUGUUAUAAAGGUCACUUGGAAAUGGUGAAAUUCUUGCUGGAUGCAGGUGCAGACCAAGAACACAAAACAGAUGAAAUGCACACAGCUCUGAUGGAAGCAUCUAUGGAUGGACAUGUAGAAGUGGCAAGGUUGUUGCUUGACAGUGGGGCACAGGUCAAUAUGCCAGCUGACAGCUUCGAGUCCCCACUGACCCUGGCUGCCUGUGGAGGACAUGUAGAGCUGGCCAACCUGCUGAUUGAGCGUGGGGCAAACCUGGAGGAGGUGAAUGAUGAGGGUUAUACCCCACUGAUGGAGGCUGCCAGAGAGGGACAUGAGGAAAUGGUGGCACUCUUGCUGGCACAUGGUGCUGAUAUCAACCGUCAGACUGAAGAAACACAGGAGACGGCUCUCACACUGGCCUGCUGCGGUGGGUUCCUUGAGGUGGCAGACUUCCUGAUCAAGGCCGGAGCAGACAUUGAACUGGGCUGCAGUACACCCCUUAUGGAGGCUGCACAAGAGGGUCAUCUAGAGCUGGUGAAAUAUCUGCUCAAAUCUGGUUCCAAUGUCCAUGCCCAGACAGGAACAGGGGACACUGCUCUGACCUAUGCCUGUGAAAAUGGACACACGGAUGUGGCAGAUGUUCUCUUGCAAACUGGAUCUGAGUUGGAACACAAGUCAGAAGGUGGCCGGACACCUCUUAUGAAAGCAGCUAGAGCUGGUCAUUUGUGUACUGUUCAGUUUCUGAUUAGCAAAGGUGCUGAUGUGAACAGACAGACCACCAAUAAUGACCACACCGUGCUGUCUCUGGCUGCAGCAGGGGGUCACCUGGCUGUUGUGGAGUUGUUAUUGGCACACGGGGGAGACCCUGGACACAAGCUGAAGGAUGGGUCUACGGUAUUGAUCGAGGCCUCCAAAGGUGGGCACACCUCCGUGGUCAGUCUGUUGAUAGACUUUCCAAGGUGUAUCACCUCUUCCCCAACCUCGCUGUCACAGUCACCGGACACUCAGAGCAAUGAGUUUGCUGAGCCACCAAGGGUUCCCAUGCAUGGGUUGAGCAAUGUAGUGCCACCCCAGGACCCAGACCAAGUAGUGAUACCCCAGGUCGCCACAGCCACCACCCCCAAUGUUCCUGCCACCCCUGGGGAGUUGAAUCUUAAAGAUUUCAACAUCACAGGGCGCACCCAUGAGCAGAUACGGCACAACAUGCAGCGAUCUUUAACAAAAAGCUUACGUCGAUGGGCACAGAAGGAGAGUCAGCCUGAAAGACAGGGUGGGGGUAGCAGCGGAGGAGGGAAUCCGUCUACUUCUGGAGACUCUGAUGAUGAGUUUUAUGAAUAUGAUCAGAAUUAUAGUGAAACUGUGCAGGUUGAGAGUGAUGCAGCAGAAGAUUUUGAUCUGGAGGAUAAUCCAGAUCUUAAGCCAAGUGAACGGCUGGAGGUUUUCAUUAAUAAAAUGAUGAAAAAAGCAGAGUUGUUAAACACAACCCGUGAGGAGCAGAUUUUGAAAAAGCAACAGAUUUUAGAAGAGCUCCAGAAAGUUGAGAGGGAGCUCCAGGAGAAAGCCCAGGCCCAGCUACUGCUGAAUGCCCAGAAGUCUGAAAAUCAGCAAAAAUUGGAGCAGCAGAUACAUGAGCUUCAGCACCAGGAACUGGAAAGGCAGAGGCAGAUACAGCAACAACAGCAUCAAAAAUUGCUUCAAGAGAAAGAGCAGUAUCAGAAACGACUGCAACAACUUCAGCAACAGUAUCAGCAGAAGCUUCAACAGCACCAGUUACAACAACAACUUCAGCAGCAACUUNUAAAUGAAGUUUUUAUAAGAAACACUGCUCUUCAUUAUGCUUCCUGUGGAGGCUACGAAGAUGUUGUCAAAGUGCUUAUUGAGGCCAAUGCCAAUGUGGAGGUACACAAUGAGAAUGGUCACACCCCACUCAUGGAGGCAGCCAGUGCAGGACAUGUAGGCGUGGCACGCCUGUUACUGGAGGCUGGAGCUGGGAUAAACACACAUUCUAACGAGUUCAAAGAAAGUGCUCUUACUUUGGCUUGUUAUAAAGGUCACUUGGAAAUGGUGAAAUUCUUGCUGGAUGCAGGUGCAGACCAAGAACACAAAACAGAUGAAAUGCACACAGCUCUGAUGGAAGCAUCUAUGGAUGGACAUGUAGAAGUGGCAAGGUUGUUGCUUGACAGUGGGGCACAGGUCAAUAUGCCAGCUGACAGCUUCGAGUCCCCACUGACCCUGGCUGCCUGUGGAGGACAUGUAGAGCUGGCCAACCUGCUGAUUGAGCGUGGGGCAAACCUGGAGGAGGUGAAUGAUGAGGGUUAUACCCCACUGAUGGAAGCUGCCAGAGAGGGACACGAGGAAAUGGUGGCACUCUUGCUGGCACAUGGUGCUGAUAUCAACCGUCAGACUGAAGAAACACAGGAGACAGCUCUCACACUGGCCUGCUGCGGUGGGUUCCUGGAGGUGGCAGACUUCCUGAUCAAGGCAGGAGCAGACAUUGAACUGGGCUGCAGUACACCCCUUAUGGAGGCUGCACAAGAGGGUCAUCUAGAGCUGGUGAAAUAUCUGCUCAAAUCUGGUUCCAAUGUCCAUGCCCAGACAGGAACGGGGGACACUGCUCUGACUUAUGCCUGUGAAAAUGGACACACAGAUGUGGCAGAUGUUCUCUUGCAAACUGGUUCUGAGUUGGAACACAAGUCAGAAGGUGGACGGACACCUCUUAUGAAAGCAGCUAGAGCUGGUCAUCUGUGUACUGUUCAGUUUCUGAUUAGCAAGGGUGCUGAUGUGAACAGACAGACCACCAAUAAUGACCACACCGUGCUGUCUCUGGCUGCAGCAGGGGGCCACCUAGCUGUUGUGGAGUUGUUACUGGCACAUGGGGGAGACCCUGGACACAAGCUGAAGGAUGGGUCUACGGUAUUGAUCGAGGCCUCCAAAGGUGGGCACACCUCCGUGGUCAGUCUGUUGAUAGACUUUCCAAGGUGUAUCACCUCUUCCCCAACCUCGCUGUCACAGUCACCGGACACUCAGAGCAAUGAGUUUGCUGAGCCACCAAGGGUUCCCAUGCAUGGGUUGAGCAAUGUAGUGCCACCCCAGGACCCAGACCAAGUAGUGAUACCCCAGGUCGCCACAGCCACCACCCCCAAUGUUCCUGCCACCCCUGGGGAAUUGAAUCUUAAAGAUUUCAACAUCACAGGGCGCACUCAUGAGCAGAUACGUCACAACAUGCAGCGAUCUUUAACAAAAAGCUUACGUCGAUGGGCACAGAAGGAGAGUCAGCCUGAAAGACAGGGUGGGGGUAGCAGCGGAGGAGGGAAUCCGUCUACUUCUGGAGACUCUGAUGAUGAGUUUUAUGAAUAUGAUCAGAAUUAUAGUGAAACUGUGCAGGUUGAGAGUGAUGCAGCAGAAGAUUUUGAUCUGGAGGAUAAUCCAGAUCUUAAGCCAAGUGAACGGCUGGAGGUUUUCAUUAAUAAAAUGAUGAAAAAAGCAGAGUUGUUAAACACAACCCGUGAGGAGCAGAUUUUGAAAAAGCAGCAGAUUUUAGAAGAGCUCCAGAAAGUUGAGAGGGAGCUCCAGGAGAAAGCCCAGGCCCAGCUACUGCUGAAUGCCCAGAAGUCUGAAAAUCAGCAAAAAUUGGAGCAGCAGAUACAUGAGCUUCAGCACCAGGAACUGGAAAGGCAGAGGCAGAUACAGCAACAACAGCAUCAAAAAUUGCUUCAAGAGAAAGAGCAGUAUCAGAAACGACUGCAGCAGCUUCAGCAACAGUAUCAGCAGAAGCUUCAACAGCACCAGCUACAACAACAACUUCAGCAGCAACUUCAAGCACAGCUUCAAGAGCAACUGAGACAACAGCAGAUGCAGAAACAACAGGAAGAGCAACAGGAAUUGAACAGGCAAUUACAAGAGCAGAUAAAAUUUCAGCAACAACAACUUCAGCAAGCACAGCAAAAAGUAGGUGCUCAGCAUUUAGCCCAGCAGCAAAAGCAGCGGUCUCCCCUCCCCUUGCAUAUUGCUUUACAAAAUCAGCUUGAAGCUAAAAAAGAAGCCAGUCAGCAGAAAGAAAAAAAUAAAAACAUCCAAAUAGUAGAAAUAGGGCUUGGGUCGGACAGUGACCAAGAAAAGGCUGGUGGGGAUAUUAUUGAAAAUAUUGAAAACGACUUGGAAGUUGUGAGAAAUGCAGAGGGUUCCAGUAGUAGUUGCUCAUUCAGGGAACCUGAUGUUCAUCAGUCCGAAAAUGUUCCUGAUAUGGAAAAUGAUACCAAAGAUAUACCAUUGGAUAAGAUACCCCUUCCAAGUGAAUUGCCAGACCAGCCCUUCUUGGAUGAUGGUGCCUCAUCCAUAAAUACACAGGAGAAAAAUAGAAAUGAUCUAGUUGAAGGGGAUCAACAGUUUAAGUCAGAAAAUCCCAGUUAUGUUGGGGACAGUGUGGAUGGGAAAGAUACAGCAGAGAUUAGUGACUUUCCCAUGCAAGCUGCUACAGAAAACCCAGACUUUCCUCAUGUAGCUUACAGAGAAGGUCCUAUUGGAGAAGAACAACUAACAGCAAGCCUAGAAGCUGAGUAUGAAGUGUCCAGCUCCACAGACAGCUACCCACCACCAUUUGAUCAACAGCAGUAUCAGACCCAGCAACAGAUCCUGAACCAGUAUGCCGAGGCCCUCAGUGCCUACUCUGAGCACAUGAGCCCCGAGGACCAGAUAAAAGCACAACAACUUCUGAAGCAACAAUUGGAAGCCCUUCAACAACAGCAGCAAGUCAAUUUGCAGAACAUCCAGAAGAAAAAUAAGAAGCUGAAACAGCAACAGCAGCAGCUUUUACAACAGCAGCAGCAGUUGUUGCAUCAGAAUCAACAACUAACCAACGAGUACAACACAAUCAAUGCAGUUACUUCUGCUGCUUCUGUUGACAUGAAUACCCCUCUUGGAUCGCUUCCCAUGACACCCAAUCCAUCGCCUGCCUCACCACAUGUGACGCCACCUAUCUACCCGUUGAUUGACCUGGACGCCCAGACAGAGAGUAACCAUGACACUGCCCUCACUCUGGCCUGUGCUGGUGGACACGCUGAGCUGGUCAGCCUGUUGUUGUCCAGAGGUGCAGACAUUGAACACAGAGAUAAAAAAGGUUUCACCCCAUUGAUACUGGCUGCAACUGCAGGUCAUGCAGAAAUAGUUGAGAUACUACUCAAUCAUGGAGCAGACAUAGAGGCACAAUCAGAGAGAACCAAAGACACCCCUCUGUCUUUAGCUUGUUCUGGAGGAAGAUAUGAGGUUGUGGAAUUACUGCUGGCCAGAGGAGCAAACAAGGAACACCGCAAUGUCUCUGACUACACCCCACUCAGUCUGGCUGCCUCUGGGGGAUAUGUCAACAUCAUUAAGCUACUGCUUAGUCACGGGGCAGAGAUUAACUCCAGGACUGGCAGUAAGCUAGGCAUUUCCCCCUUGAUGUUAGCUGCCAUGAAUGGCCACACUGCAGCAGUCAAGUUGUUACUAGACAUGGGAAGUGACAUAAAUGCCCAGAUUGAAACUAACCGUAACACUGCCCUCACGUUGGCAUGUUUCCAAGGUCGCCACGAGGUGGUCAGUUUACUGGUGGACAGAAAGGCCAACAUUGAGCAUAGAGCUAAGACUGGCUUAACCCCACUGAUGGAGGCUGCCUCUGGGGGGUAUGUGGAGGUGGGGCGUGUCCUGUUAGACAAGGGAGCAGAUGUCAAUGCCCCCCCUGUGCCCUCCUCCAGGGAUACUGCACUGACCAUAGCAGCAGACAAAGGACACUAUAGAUUUGUGGAGCUCCUCCUGAACAGAGGUGCAGCAGUGGAUGUAAAGAACAAGAAAGGGAACUCACCUUUGUGGUUGUCUUGUAAUGGUGGACACCUAGAUGUAGUCCAGCUACUGGUCAAUGCUAGAGCAGAUGUUGACAGUCAGGACAACAGGAAAGUAUCCUGUCUGAUGGCUGCCUUCAGGAAGGGCCAUGUGAAGGUGGUCAAGUGGUUGGUGCGCCACGUCAACCAGUUCCCCUCCGACCAGGAGUGCAUGCGAUACAUUGCCACCAUAACUGACAAGGAGCUGCUCAAAAAAUGUCACCAGUGCAUGGAAAUCAUCGUGAGUGCCAAAGACCGCCAAGCUGCCGAAGCCAACAAAAAUGCAUCCAUUUUAUUGGAGGAGAUUGAUCAGGAGAAGAGCAGAGAAGAAAGCAAGAAACUAGCAGCCCAGAGGAAACGUGAGAAAAGGAAAAAGAAGAAAAAGGAAAAAUUGGAGAAAGAGAAAGAAAAGGAGAAAGAGAAGGAAGAAGAGCCAACAAGUAACAAUUCCACGCCAGAGCCAGAAGAAAGUAAACCCAUAGAAGAGAAUGAAGAAGAAAGUAAAGAGAGUGAAAUGAAAGAAAGAGUUCCACUACCACCCCCUUCUGCUACCAUAAGCACAACCAUUGGUAUCACCCUAUCCAGAGAACCCAAAAACAUUCGAAAUGCAGGAACCAUUGACACAGAAGAUAACAUGGAUUCUACAAAAAAUAGAAACAAAAAGAACAGAAAGCAGAAAGAGAGACUACCAGACAGCAGACAGAGGCAAGCAGACAGUGUGGGAGAGAACAUGCGAAUACCCACCUCAUUGAAUCAAAACAGGAGUAGUUCUGGUGGAAAGGCUUCGUCCUCUCAAAGAGGGCGACAUGAAGACACGGCCACCACCAGGAAAGUAAACAGCGGGGAAAGUAACAGGAAGAGGAAGAACUUGAUAUCACACAGCAGUUCUACAGGUAUAGGUGAUUUAGAUGACUUUGGAGAUUUACCUGGUAAUAUGCGGCUCUCUUCAGCUCCAGCAGGCAACAGAAAAGAAAAGAAUUAUAAGAUGGGUUCGCUAGACUCUUUUGAUGGUGAUCCUUUGGCAGCUAUGCUGUCAGGAGGAAAAUUGACAAAUCAGAACAACACCUUGGUUUUAACUCCAUCUAAAAAUUCUGGGUCCAGUCCAAGUAAAAAAGGCGGAAAGAGAGAAGAAGGUUGGAAGGAAGUGAUCAGAAAAUCUAAAAAGCUGGCCAUCCCUGCAUCGGCAGCAAGCAUGUUAUUAGGUCGUGGCGGUGCCAAACUGAACGCAAUCCGUGAGGUAUCUGGAGCAAACAUUGACAUUGACAAGCAGAAAGGGCCUGGUGGGGAAAGAAGCAUUACAAUUAAAGGGUCUGCAGAUGCCACAAGACAGGCACACAAUCUCAUCACAGCCUUGAUCAAAGACCCAGAGAAGGACAUAGUGGAAAUUUUACCAAAGAGCAGCAAGUCAAAGUCUUCAACCUCCUCCAGUUCCAUCAGCCUGUCCACCAUAACUACUACAACUCUACUGACCACUACGGCCAACACCAGCAGUAUCAUCAGUAAUGGCCAUGUGACCACCACCAUAUCACAGAGUAAGAAAUCGUCUGUGCAGAUUGUGCCAUCGAAGCAUUCUCAGUCCAGUUCUGGCCCGGCGUGGGGAGGCCAGGCCGCCAUCUUGGCGUCUCCAAAAAGGGGGACAGUGAAUGGUAAGCCUCUGGCUGUGACCUCUGUGACCACAUCAACUACGAUGACGAUGAGCGUAUCACACACUCCAUCUAAGAGUCCAGGCACUGUUGCAAAGAAGUUGUUUUUGGGUGAGACUGGAGGGAAAGCAGUGUCGGGAGAUGGGAAAUUUUCUCAAGGCUCCCAAAAAUCUGAGGCUCACUUACCACUCAACACAAGCAGGCUGCCUCCUCGUUUGGCAAACAAGCAGAAACAGCAACAACAACAUCAGCAACAGUAUCUUCAUCAACAACAGCAGCACCAGCAUCUACAUCAGCCUCCUGCAGCACAACAACAGCAACAACAACAGAGGGUUCCGCCUCAUCACCAGCAGCAGCGUAUGGAGCAUCAGCCUCUGCCUAUAAAGAACAACAACAAACAGCCUGGCCAGCCCGUUGUGUCUGUACCAGCCACAGCUGUAGUGGCACCCCAGGGCUCUUCUGUCACCCCAGGGGAGUAUUCUCCCUUCAACAACCUCUUCAGCAAUGUAGCAGAACAGGUGAUGCUUGGCAAGAAAGACGAUGCUAUGGAAAACAGGAUGAACUUUGCCAGUGUUGCUGCUGCAGGCGUGUUACCAUCCACCCCACCCAUGUGCAAUGUUGGAGCAGUUGGAUCAGCUCCGCCUGGUCAUCCCCCUAGAGAGAGAGAAGACCCCAAGUUACAAGCCAAAGCACCAGGUUACAAGCCCAAUGGACAGAGGAACAUGUCUCCACAGACCAACACAGAUGAUGUCUUUAGAUCUAAUCUAGUUGUUAGCUUGCCUGGGUCAGUGAGCAUCCCUACCCCUGUGUACCCCGGAGAUCUGGGCAUGCAUAAGGGUCUGUUCAAUCCCCCAGAGGCAGAUUUGAACAGAGCAGUUGGGGGUGGUGGCUUUAGACCUCUAGUCAGUUCCUCGUCAGCCAACACAUCUCCCAGAGCAGGAACAGAACCACCAAGAAGUAUGUCAGCUGGGCCAGUGGAUGCCUUUGGAAAGCUCCGAGAGGAAUAUUUCAGCUCAGACCAGCCCAUGACUCUGCCGAAAAUAGAAAGCACCUUGAAUCCCAAUGCCCCAAAUUUCACUUGCAGGUUUGGCCAAGCUUCUGACAACAUGGCCCCUUCGCAGGGCAUGCUCCACUCGGGUAGAGGGAGUAGCAGUUUUGGCGCUCCAGGAUCUCGCCUACCACAACCGCUGCCUGCAUCAAUGCUGAAUCAGUCUGGAGGCUUCAACGCUCCAGGUUUGCUUCAGUACAGUAACUUGACCUCUGAAUUUGGAAGUGGCCUGCCUGCAGGAGCACCUGGUAUGAACAACAUGGGGAUACCACCACCUUCUGGGUCAGCCUUUGGUGGGGUCCAGCCCCAGGGGAUGGGUGGACCACCUGGUCAGCCUCAGUUCCAGCCCCAGAGGUCUCUCUCUGGGGGGAAUACCCCUGGGACUUCUCCUAGAGGUGACAUGGACCAUCAGCCUAAUACAUCUGAGGCAAUCCUAAGUCAUUCCCCAUCUCCCACGUCAGACCAAUCAUUUCCUAGACCCAUAGGCAAUGAGAGGGCCCAUAGGAAGACUCCAACACCUGCAGUUCCUGGCCUGCCCAGUAUGGGAGACAUUGCAACCAUCUGGAGUCUGGGAAAUGAUGGUCCUACCGACUGGUCCCCAGCCUCAUCUGUCCUUAGCAGCUCUGUUAUCACCAGCACAGUGAUGAGCAGUGGCUUCAGUCAGCAGAGUGAGGAACAGCAGAAGAAACUGAUGAUGGGAGGGAGCAGACUGCCAGGCUUCUCAGACACUGGGGCAGGAGAGGGCCAGGUGGACCAGGCUUUCCAGGGGUUCCUUGGCACAGGCAGUGUGGGCUUUGCAGCCUUCACGCCAGGUGGUCUGCCUCCAGGGGUGUCACAGCAGCUCUAUGGUGGUGGUGGUGGUGGUGGUGGUGGCAGUGGCGCCCCAGGGCCUGAGGAGAUCAGUGCAAUGUGGAGUCAGCCUCUGAAAAUGUCUAUGGGAGACUCUUCAGAGGUCAAGAGAUCGGGGGUAUGGAGUGCUGCCACAUGGACACCUCCUCCUGGUAUCUGAGGAUCUCGUUAGUGGAACAUGGACAGUGGGAUUCAAAAGAAAAGAUUUGCGCCAUUUUGUUUUGUAAAGAGCUGGAAACGGAACUGUAGUUGAGGGACAGAUGAUGUAUUUUAUCCUGGGGUUUUGAAAAGCUGUUAAGAAUUGCAAGCUGCAGUUAACAGGGGGGAUAUGAAAGUUUUCUUCAGUAUUUUAUAGUUACCAUGGUAACAAGUUGUCUCCCAAAAUAAGGUUAUAACUUCUAUGAUUAUUAUUAUGAAAGAUAAUAGCACAAGAUGGACAAUAUAUGUUUACCAAUGGUGACCAGUGUUGGACAUAGACAGUAGAAACAACUGACCAGAAUUGAGACUGAGAAAGCUAAUUACCUGGAUUGGACAGUUUAUUUAUCACUGAUAUGGAUGUGGAUGGAUUAUGUCAUUUUAACCUGUGUAAAACACAUGGCUACAUGCUUGGUUGAGUAGUUUCUUCUAUAGCUCGCUUUUGCUCAGAAAAGAUUAAUUGCUCAAUGAGACUCUUCGUGUGAUUUUGAGCUUUGAUAGCACAGAACAGAUUAUGAAAAAAAAUUGAGCAUUCUGACAAACUGUACUGAGCAUAUUUCAUUUGAAGGAAUUACUCAAACAUGGCAUUAAAAAGAUUAAAAGAGGAAAAAUCAUUAUUAUUGUAUGGAUGGUACUUCUUUGUUGCUUUCAGAAUAUUUUUCUGUUUCAUUUAUCGUCUUGUCAUGACAUGACAUACAUUAUGUGUACAUGUAAAAGUACAAGUGAAAUAAAAGUUGAGUAUAUAGCAAAACA